GCUACACUCUUGCUGCUGUCAGUAGCUAGCAGGCAACAUGGCGUCCGGGUUCCUGCUGAGUCGUGGUGCGAUGAUAACAUUAGGAAUUCACUGUCAGCGUGUUGGCAGAAACGUGUCGCUGUCGCAGGUCAGAGAGAAGAAGCGGUGGAUGAAAGCCUACACUCACCUCAUGGCGAAGAAGCUAAAGCUGGAAGGAGCUCCAGCACCGAAACCACGCUCUCAACAGCCUCAAUGGAAUUUCCAUGCUGAGGUUCAGGCUUUCAGCACCCGCCUUCACGAAAACUUCUCCCUGGAGGUACUGAAAACAGCCUUCAUCAAUCCCUGUUACCUGCGGGCCGAGCAAGAGAGGAGACAGAGUUUAGGCGUGGACUCUGAGGCCACCGCUCUUGCUCUGAAAGAUAACAUUCAGCUGUGUGAAAAGGGAGUGGGUUUCACUAAAAGCGUCCUAACCGACUGGUGCAGGGCCAGCUUCCCGAGCCUGCCGAGUGAGGGGGUGGAGAGUGUCGUAGGGAACCUCACGAGUUCAGCGGUUGUGGCCUAUGUAGCGAGAAAUCUCGGUGUUGAAGACCUAACCAUGAGUGCAGAGUGUCCUGUUCCUGAUGAUGUGCUUCAUUCUACAUUCAUGGCGGUAGUUGGUGCUCUACAGGAGAGCAGCGGAGCAGAGCAAACUGGAUUGUUUCUCAGGGAUUUCUUGGGCACUCAGCUGAUAGGGAAGGACCUGUUUGAUAUGUGGACAGUUGUCAACCCCAUGGGACUAUUGGUGGAGGAGCUUACUAAGAGGAACGUUCCACUGCCAGAGCCUCGCCUUAUCAGGUCUGCUGGAGCCAGUACCGUCCUGCCACUAUACUUUGUCGGCUUGUACAGUGACAAGAAGCUCCUGGCUCAGGGUCCAGGAGAGACACUCGCAGCAGCCGAGGAAGAGGCAGCUCGUGUGGCCCUCCGGAAACUCUACGGCUACACUGAGAACCACAGACCCCUCGACUUCUCUCCACUACAGCAGCAUCAGCAGCCAUUAGUACAAUCCGUCAGCAGUAAUUAAUUAAGUAACAACUCUUAUGCUGCAGCUGAACGUAAUUUAAAGGCAGUGUAGUUGGACAGGAAAGUGGCAUGAAUCUACUUAAGAGAUAAUUUGAGAUAUAGUACAUCUCAUUCAUGGAUAACAGAGUUGCUUCGGAUUGUAGGGAGAAAGUUAAGGCAAAUAAGGUCACCAUCCACCUUAUGAAAUAUUAGUCCAACAGUGCACUAAACAGGAUUGUUGCUGUUGGGUAUGUAAAUGUCAGUUCCACCACACAAAGGAGAACAAAAUAAACCUUAUUCUCCACAUAAAAAGUGUGACGUAUGGUGUAAGAUCCAGGUUUCCACUGUAUCAGACAGAAAUCGAAGCGUCCCAGAGCUUACCUUGGAUAAUAACCAAUAUGUUCAGCAGUCCGUAGCACAUAAUAGCCCUGAUAUCUGGUUGUCCUUGUAAAUAAAUACAAUUGCCAUUUGGUUUACUUGGUAUUCUGUUAUAAUAUGUGGUUCAUCUGUAAUAAAAAGUAAUAUGUAUACACCAUGA